AUGAGCUCGGCAGCCAGCCCGCCUCGAGAUCAUCCUUCAGACAUCGCUGCGUACUGGCCAUACCGCAUCGAUCGACCGACCGACCCCACGGCGAACGGGAAGAUGGCAACCGCUCCAUCCAAGGUGUACCCGCUCAUGUCCCGAGAUGAGGUUGAGGGCAUGAUAGCAGCGGGACGCAAACUCAUUAUCAUCGGCCAACAUGUCCUGAAGGUGGAUGCUUGGUUGCCGUACCAUCCCGCAGGUGAUCUGGCCAUCCUUCACAUGGUGGGACGAGAUGCGACGGAUGAGACUACAGUUCUACACUCCCAAGCAGCGAUCGAUCAAAUGCAGCGAUAUCGAAUUGGACGAAUCGAAGGCCGUUGGAAGAACUUCGUGCCUCCUAUCCAGGGUGGCAAGUUCCGAACCAAGGACGAAAUAGAACAGUCCGCGGAAGACACAGACAGCAGCGGGCCGGAAGUCGACGGUCGCAGCUCCGAAAAUUCGCGAUCACCGUCUCCCAUCUUUGAUACUGUCGAAACAAGAGAAGGCCUGCACAAACGGAAAGGAGUGCAGCUGGAAGCGGAACACGCAGCCCAUGCAGAGGUUGACGGUGAUGGCCUGUCCUUCCUCGACACCCUAACGAGGGAGCAGAUUACUCUUGAUCUCGACAAGUAUCCGUCCCAAGAUGAUGCAACCCAGACCGAGAUAAUUGCCAAAUAUCGACAGCUCCACCAGCGGUUGCGCGACGCAGGGUUGUACCAGUGCAACUACUGGGCCUACGCACGUGAAGGUACUCGCUACAUGUUACUUUUCACCGCGUCUAUGCUGUUCCUACGACACGGCUGGUACAUAUGCUCGGCUCUGGCACUUGGUUUCACGUGGCACCAGCUUGUCUUUACGGCCCACGAUGCGGGACACAUGGGCAUCACACAUCAUUACCACGUCGACUCGGUGAUUGGGAUCAUCAUUGCAGACUUUAUUGGCGGCCUCUCGAUGGGAUGGUGGAAGCGAAGCCACAAUGUACAUCACAUUGUCACCAACUCGCCGGAACAUGAUCCGGACAUUGAGCAUUUGCCGUUUUUCGCCAUCAGUCAUCGUUUCUUUGGGAGUCUCACAUCGACAUACUACAACAGGGUGAUGCAGUAUGAUGCAUUCGCCAAAGUCGUCAUCAAGAUCCAAGCGUACCUGUACUAUCCCAUACUUAGUCUGGCGCGAUUCAACUUGACCUUCUUGUCCUUGGAUUACUUGCUGGCCGGGCGUGGGCCGACAAAGGGGCAAGCUGCUUGGCACAGGUGGCUGGAGCUGGUUGGGCAGGUCUUCUUCUGGACGUGGUACGGUUACCUGCUCAUCUACAAGACCCUGCCAAACAACUGGACCCGGCUAGCCUACGUCUUGGUCAGCAACAUGGCGGCCUCGCCCGUCCACGUACAGAUCGUGCAGUCCCAUUUCGCUAUGAGCACGGCUGAUCUCGGGCCACAAGAGUCAUUUCCGCAGAAGAUGCUACGGACCACUAUGGACGUAGACUGCCCUCCCUGGCUCGACUUCCUCCACGGCGGGCUGCAGUUCCAGGUCAUCCACCAUCUGUUUCCCCGUAUACCACGACACAACCUGCGUCAAACGCAGAGCAUGGUGCAGGAAUUCUGCAAUGACGUUGGCAUUCCUUAUGCUUUGUAUGGAUUUGCGGAUUGCAACAAGCAGGUCAUUGGCACCCUAGCUGAAGUGUCGAGGCAGGCUGCAAUCCUUGCAAAGUGUCAGAAGACUAUGAUCGAAAGUGGUGAUCCUUUCGGGCACGGUCACUGA